UCUGCCAUAUUUGGUACGUUCCUUAUCAACCUUUUCUUGUUUACAAACUCAUCUGCCGUAUUUGUUACGUUCCUAAUCAAUUAUCUAUAAAUCGAGACUAUCACAAUACUACUCUAAACAUUCAUGUACUAACAUUUAAGCAUUUUGCACCACUCCUAAUAGCUAUAAAAUUCCGUACUACUGUGUAUAUAUAUAUAUAUAUAUAUAUAUAUUACCACUACGAUCAUAAUUAAUCAUCAAAACAUGUCUUUACCAACUCCAACUUACCCUAUUCCUCUCAACCCCUUCCACGAAGAACAACCUUUCUUCUUCAAUCCACCCCAAGACGAUGACGAGCUCCCACUAAAAGAGAUCCCCGGCAGCUACGAUCCGCCGUUUAUCGGCGCCAUCAUGGAUCGAUGGGACUUCUACUACAACCAAGGCCGGGACGGCUUCUUCCGCGCCCGGCAAGAGAAGUACAAGUCCACCGUCUUCCGAGCCAACGCCCCGCCCGGCCCUUUCAUUGCCAAGGAGUCCAAGGUCGUCGUCCUCCUCGACGCCAUCAGCUUCCCGAUCCUCUUCGACACGACGAAAGUCGAGAAAACGAACUUCUUCGACACCACCUAUAUGCCCUCUGUGAACUUCUUUGGGGGCUACCGUGUCCUCGCGUUCCUCGAUCCCUCGGAGCCGAAACACAAGGCCCUAAAGCAAUACUUCUUCAAUGUCCUUGCUUCCAAGCAUGACAACUUCAUUCCUCUGUUGAGAAAAUCCCUCGCUGAUCUCUUUAACAACUUGGAAUCCCAACUGGAGAAGAGCAAAGAAGUGAACUUCAACCCCAUAAGCGACAGCGCUUCUUUCAACUACAUUUUCGAAUUGUUCUGCGACAAGAGCCCGUCCAAGACGGACUUAGGACCUCAGGGAAACAAAACCUUCGUCGACAUUUGGUUGGUCCCACAAGUGACACCUAUCGUGACCUUUGGAGUUCCGAAACUUCUCCAGCUCGUGGAAGAUCUUCUCAUCCACACUUUUCCUAUCCCGGCUUUUCUCGUCAAGGGCAAGUAUAAGACCAUUUUCGAAGCCUUUUCGUCCUCGGCCGGCCCUACAUUGGACAAAGCCAAGGACUUUGGGAUCCAGAGAGACGAGGCUUGUCACAACUUGAUUUUCAUCACGUGCUUCAAUACCUACGGUGGGUUGAAGGUUCUGUUUCCGGCUCUGUUCAAGUGGCUCGGACGCGCCAGUCCCACGUGGCAUGCCAACCUGGCAAAGGAGAUAAGGAACGUUGUGAAACAAGAAGGUGGGGUGGUCACUUUGGCGGCGCUAGAGAAGAUGUCGUUACUGAAGUCUGUGGUGUACGAGGUUUUGAGAAUCGACCCUCCGGUGCCGUUCCAGUGCGCGAGGGCCAAGGAGGACUUGGUGAUCCAGAGCCACGACGCGUCGUUUAAGAUCAAGAAAGGUGAGCUGAUCUACGGGUACCAGCCAUUCGCGACAAAAGACCCGAAGGUUUUCGAGAAUCCCGAGACGUUCGUGCCGUACAGGUUCAUGGGCAAGGCCGAGGCCAAUAUCAAGUACGUGUACUGGUCCAACGGCCGGGAGACGGAGGAUCCGACAGUGGACGACAAGCAGUGCGCGGGGAAGGAUCUGGUGGUGUUGAUGGCUAGGGUUAUGCUGGUGGAGUUCUUUUUGCGCUAUGACACUUUUACUUGCACGGAUGAGGUGUUCUUGGUGGGGUCAAAGGUCACUUUCACGUCGUUGACUAAAGCCGGGACAGUCAAGACCAAGAACUAAACAGGAAUGAAUAUUUGGAUUGCUUUGGAUCCUACUGUUUUAGUGAUCAUCAAGUCUGCCUGAAGAUGGCUAAUUUUUUCACUUCCACUUGUUUUUAAAAUCUAAAAAAUAUCCUUACGCCUCAUUUCAACCUCUCUCUUCUUCUCCUUGUAAUCAAGUCUACCGUGACCGCCAUCUUCUUGUAAUCAAACUCGAAAAUCAUGAGAAAAA